GUGAGAAGGUAUGUCUGUGUACCCAUUCAUUUAUAUAAAAAGCCUCCCCUGUGCAGUUUGCGUUUGAAAGGUCGUAUUAGUACUUAUUAAUCCACACUCAGCCACCCCUUAUUUUUCCGUCCUUAGCUCAGCGCAUAUCACUCGCCGGCUAUGCCGUCUUAUGUUAUUACAGGCGCCUCAAAGGGGCUGGGGUUUGAGUUCGUUCGCCAACUAUCCGAGAAUCCAGACAAUCUAGUUGUCGGCAUAGCCCGAGACAAGGCGGCUACAGUGAAGAAAGUAUCAGAAGAGCUCGCCGGACGAUCCAAUAUCCAUAUUUUACAAGGUGACAUCACUGACUACGACUCAAUCAAGAAAGCCGUUGAGGACACAGCCACGCUCACCGGAGGGGCGUUAGACUUUCUCGUCGCCAAUGCUGCUUAUGUAUCACAAUGGGACGCCUAUGAUUCUCUUGGUACCCUGGCAAAGAAGCCUCAGGAGCUUGAAGAUGAUUUGCUCAAAUCCUUCAAGGUCAAUGUCCUGUCCAACAUUCACCUCUUGAACCAGUUCAUGCCGCUUAUCCUCAAAGGUCAAGCGAAGAAAGUCAUUGUACUAUCUAGCGGCCAUGCCGACCUAGAUUCAAUCAGACUGUAUGAUCUAGAUGUAGCAUGUGGCUAUGCUAUCAGUAAGGCAGCAAUGAAUGCUGCAGUGGCAAAGUUCAGCGCCCAAUACAGAAAGGAUGGUGUGCUCGUUAUGAGUAUCUGUCCGGGCUCGGCAGACACAGGUCAAUUCGCGAAGGCAACUCCGGAGCAACUUCAGUCCGCGAUGCAAUUGAUGGGAAAGUUUCAGCAGUAUGCGCCAAACUUUACGGGUCCUGGGGCUCCGAAGGAUGCUGUUAGCGCUGUCAUUGGCGUGUGGGAAAAGGCUAGCAUUGAGAAUGGAGAUGCAGGCAAUUUUGUAUCUCAUUACGGUAACAAGCAGUGGCUUUGAUACUAGGUUUGAGACAGUAGUCAAGGACUUCUAAAUUCUAGCUAUGAAUACAUCAGAAUAGAAUGUGUAUCUCACAUAAGAAAAGUUGC